AUGGACAAACCAAUUACUGAGCAAAUGAGCAACUCAACCCUCCAUCGAGGCUCGUGGGGCUCUGUCUCGUCUACCUUCUCCAACCUCGAGAUGUCUUUCUCCCACGACAGCUGCUAUGGCUCAGAUGAAGUUUCAGUCACAUCGAAUGGUUGCACCCCAGCUCAAUCAGGUGCAUCGACUUCUACUACCAAACCGACUUUGCGUCCUUUCUUGAAAUCGAUCCUUAAGAACUCAACCAUUACCUUUGACUCUGAUGAAGAGUCCGAUUCGGAAUCGGGCUAUAGCUCGGAUGGAAUUGAUUCGGAGUAUGAUGCACUCUCCGAUGAAUCUGACGAAGAGGACGACGGCGAUGAUUCGGACUUCUCAAUCUGGGAUGACACAAACGGGGACGUCCCUGAGACGCAUGAGGAUCACACAGAGUCGUUUGACGAUGCCUUCAUCUCCUUCGAGGAGAAUUCUGUGCGCUUUGACCCGCAGGUGGAGUACAUUGACAGCAUGGAAGUAUCGGAAGAUGAAGCUCCUGAUCACCAAAUGACCUGCCAUGAAAUGAUGAUGCUUGCUCGGGACUCCAAAGGUACCCAAACCCUUCUGGAUCAACUCGACAAAAUGGACAUCGCCGGGUCCCAUGAAAAUGAAGAUUGCCACCCAGAGUUUGUUCGCAAAUCUACCAACCAGCCAGAAGAGUUUUCGCGUGAUGCCGUGGACUUGGACUGCAGUCUCUUUGUCGCUUACAUGAAUGGAAUCCAUGGAAUUGCCACCCCGAAGUACCAAACGUACCUUCGAGUUCAGGUUGACCACAUCCGCUUGGGCAAGGACACCGAAUUCGUGGAUCCAGAGGGUGUGCCUUCAUUGUACCUCGACCUAGUCUCCAACCACGUCACUGGCACCUUCUGCAACCUCCUCGCUGAAGACGAGCUCAACGAGUUGAUCAGACUCCGUGCAGAAGAGCAAACCGGAAACCAAAACAAUACAAGCUCGAUCACCCUAGACUUGGAUCACCACCAAGCCCUCUUGAACAAGAUCGAGAAAUUCCUGCUGGACAGAUUGGCGAAUGGUCGGGUCGACAUUGGUCCUGAUGAGCUGAGCUUCUUCGCUGGCGGCAUUGCGCACGAACUCGGAACCAAAACCUUGCCUACACAGGUCUAG